AUGUCAGAAACCGCGCCCACGAUCAAGCCUACGUCUGGCACAAGGGGGGAAGUCGCAGUAGAGUCGACAUUCAGAGAGAACGCCCCGGAGAUGCCUCGAGACCUACACCGAAAGUACAGUAUAUAUGGAUGGAGGCUCACCGUCAGUGUGGACGACUUCCCCUCGCGGUGGCAUCUCAUUCCCCGGGUUGUCGAUCUGUCCGACGUCCGCCGCUUUUACGAGGAGAAGGCGCAGGAAGCAGGUAUACGGCGAGGUAUCAACAUUCUCAUGCUUGAUUACGACAAGGCGACGAAGUCGCUCACCUUCGCGAUCUGGCUCACCCGGAACUUCCUCACCUAUCACCACAAGCUCUUGAGCCCGAGACAGCUCACCAAGAUACCCACUCAGGAUGGCAUCUCCCGGUUUGGCCAGCUUGCGGAGCUGGACAGUCCCAGCUGGUGUGCUUUGUAG